AUGUCUGGCUUUAAUACCGGUCGAACUCCUUGUAGAUAUUUCCAACAGGGUCGUUGUAACAAGGGAAACAGCUGUAAGUUUGCCCAUGUGUAUUCCAAUGGCAGCGGUGCAUCAGGUCAAGGAACCGGUCAAUCCAUGUCAGAAGCUGAACUAUUGAAGAGUUUUAUUAAUCCAAGCUCCCUUCCCAAGAUUGCUAGAACCAUCAAUAAUGAUAUGAAAGAUGCAGAGACUUUUCAGUUGAAACCGAUGGCAUCUGCAUACAGUUAUGGAUCACCAUGUGCAGUGAAUUUGAUAAGUGGCAGAGACUAUUCACCUGAGGAAUCGAGAUUGGACUACUACAAUGCUCAACGUCAAGGUAUUAUGCCGCAGUAUAUGACUCAAGUAAGUGCUAGAGAAUCUGACAUGCAAGAAUGUAUGAAUUUUACUAAGGCGCAUACAGACUGGGCAGCUAGAUAUUUACAAGUGAAUACUAAGCAAUUGACGGAAACUGGUAGAAGAUCUAUUGAAAAUGAAUUCAUCAACUUCCCACUUGACUUGACAGGUACCAGAAGUAAGAGUGGUUCAUUUGGCGCCAAUCCCUUCACAUCGCCGCCUUCUCUAAACGGCGGUGAUAGUGGUGCGUUUGGACAACCAUCCUUUGGAGGUAACACUGGAAAUAGCUCUAAUUCAGCGUUUGGAACCCCUUCGUUUGGAUCAUCUGCAUUUGGAGGUGCCAAUACUACCACUGCUAAUAAUAAUACGAAUGCGGGAAGUGGUGGGGUAUUUGGUCAACCAGCGUUUGGUAAUACUAGUAAUCUGGGUAGUUCAUUUGGAACGUCAUCGGUUGGAUCAAAUCCUUUCACUUCAAAUUCCGGUGGUAGUGCGUUUGGUAAGCCUGCAUUUGGUAGCGCACCUGGAAGUAGCGAAUCAGCCUUUGGCAAACCUGCAUUUGGUUCAACUACUACGCCUCCUGCAAGUGGUGGAUCGGCUUUUGGUAAGCCCAGUUUUGGUUCCAGUGCAUUUGGACAAUCGGCCUUUGGUGCCAAUGCCCAACAACAACAACAACAACAACAACCUCAGCAACAACCGCCUUCAACUGCCGGGUCUGUAUUUGGUCAACCACCUUUUGGAUCAAAUGCAGCGGGUGCUGCACCCGCUACUGGCAGCUCUGUAUUUGGACAACCAUCUGCAGGGUCUCAGGCAAAUGCCACUUCAGCAUUUGGUAAGCCAAUGUUUGGUAGCACACCAGGACAAAGCAACAGUACUGGUGCAUCCGCAUUUGGCCAGCCGAACUUCAAACCUUCGCCAUUUGGCGCUAGUAAUAAUGCUACACAAAAUGCAUCGCCCUUUGGAACAUCAGCAUUUACACAGAACCAAUCUCCCUUUUCUAAUAAUACGAAUACUACUAAUACUACUAGUACUACUAGUACUGCACCAUUUGGAUCUGCUCCUACGAGUUCAAGCUCUCCGUUCUCAUCUCUUCAGCAGAACCAGAACCAAGCCAAACCAGAGCCAAUUUCCCAAACUACAUUUGGAUCCCAAACCCAACCAUCGAGUUCGCCAUUUGGAAAUGCCCAACAACCAUCCGUGGCUCCAUUUGGCUCCAGCACAGGGCCAAAAUCAUCACCAUUUUCCAACGUCGCCAACCCAUCGAUUUCUCAGCCUACAGCGCCUAAAUUCACCCAGGGGCUACCGACAGAGGAAGACAACGUACCGGCCAACGAAUUGGACCAAAAGACACUACAACAGUUUCAAAUGGACCACUUCAACCUGGGAGAGGUUCCUGAUAUUCCGCCGCCAUUAGAGCUCAUCGCAUGA